AUGUUGCAACUAUUGUUUACCACAGUAGAAGCUAAGAAGUCAACAACACCAGCACAUAAUAUUGGCACUUCCAUAUUUUUUUAUUUCCUUUUAAUGCUUAGCUUAAUAUUGCUUCGUUUUCAAUCCAAUCAGAUAUUGCGCCAGCUGAAAGUGAAGAAUCAUAUCACUAUUAUUAGCGAGCUUUCAACAGUAAUGUCAAUUGAUUUUAAGAAGACUUUAAAUGGCGUUCACCCAAGCUUAAGCGAUUCAUCAAAUGGCGCACCGCUAAGCAUUAGCAAUGACACUCUUGCUGCAUUAACUGGGGUUGUUCAUUCAUUAAAGCAGGAAAAACAACAAAGGCUACAAAAGGUACAAGAACUUACUAAGUUCUUGGUAGAGUUAUGGGAUCUUAUGGAGAUGCCAAUUGAUGAGCAAAAAGCAUUUAGCCAUGUUACUAGAUUAAUUUCAGCAUCAGUUGACGAAGUGUCAAUCCGAGGAUGCCUCUCUGCUGAUGUCAUUAAGCAGGUUGAGGUUGAAGUUCAGCGCUUAAAUGUUUUGAAAGCUAGUAAGAUGAAGGAAUUAGUGUUUAAAAGACAUAAUGAACUUGAAGAAAUUUACAGAGGAGUUCAUAUGGAUGUGGAUAGUGAAGCGGCUAGAAAGAUUCUCACCAGCCGCAUAGAAUCUGGUAAUAUCGAUAUGUCUGAAUUGCUUCAAAGCAUGGAUGAUCAAAUCAGAAUGGCCAAAGAGCAAGCUCUAAGCAGAAGAGAUAUCUUAGAUAGGGUGGAGAAGUGGAAAUUUGCAGCUGAGGAGGAAAAGUGGUUAGAUGAAUAUGAAAAGGAAAACAAGAAGCAAUUAUUUUGCCUAAUUAGUGAUUGUAUCUAUGAGUUCAACGCUUUUGGAUCAUGA